AUGUCGACCGAUCAAGACUACAAGGCGACUCUGUUGCCCCUCCUCAUCUCCAAUAAUGUUCUCUCUUUCGGCAGCUUUGUCUUGAAAUCCGGUCGCGAGUCCCCUUACUUUUUCACCUCCACUCGACUCCAUACUGCGCCCUUGUUGCGUGCAAGCUCUGCUGCAUAUGCCAGCGUGCUCUCCGCGGAGCCUUUUGUUACUCCUGCCGCCGAUGGCACCUUCAAGCCUAACUUCGACAUCAUCUUCGGUCCCGCAUACAAGGGAAUCCCAAUCUGCGCGGCUGUUACCAAUGAGCUCGCUGUGCGCGACUCUCUAUCCGGAUCCAGCACCUGGGAUAACGUGAGCUACUCUUUCAACCGCAAAGAGGCCAAGGCCCAUGGCGAGGGUGGAAACAUUGUCGGUGCUCCUCUGAAGGGCAAGCGCAUCAUCAUCGUUGACGAUGUGAUCACUGCUGGUACCGCUCUUCGUGAGGCGGUUGACAUCAUCGAGAAGGAGGGUGGUAUCGUUGCUGGUGUGGUUGUUCUGCUGGACCGCGAGGAGCGUGUCAGCGAUCUUGAGCCCAAAAGCGCCAUUGGCGUUGCGCAGCGGUCCCUUGGUGGCAACAUUCCCAUCCGCGCUGUCAUCAGCCUGCAAGACUUGAUCGAGAAGCUUGGUGAUAAGAUUGGCGAGGCCGAAGUCCAACGAUUGAAGGACUACCGCUCCCGCUACGGCGCAGAGUAA